AUGGCUGGCCUAGUUGACGUGUCCUUUCCAGGAAGCUCCGCACUGACUUUAACGAUGUUUAACCACAUUGACUCAUUUUCUAAAUUAAUCAUCAACAGAUUAACGAUGCAACUGAUUAAAAUCAUUUUAUGCUGCUGUUGCGUAUUUACUGGUCACUUUUCAAAUGGAAGCAGCAUUAACAGUUCAGAAAUCAAAUCACACCUUAUCAAUCAUACGAUGGAAUUGAUUGAUAGAGAUUUUGCAAAUAAUUCUAACCCACUGAUAAUAUUUUCUGACUUGGUUGAUGACCAAGUGGCAAGCAGGAGUAUUGAUAAUGGAAGUCCGCUGAUUGUCAUCAUAAAUCAUGAUCUCAGACGGAAACAAAUCGAAGGAUAUCUUCUCAGCUAUCCUACGUACAUCCUCAGAUUUGAAUCUAUGCAGAAACUGGUACCACUUAUCUUUGGAUUCAUGGGCUCAACAAUCUGGAAUAUAAAGUCGCCAAUUUUCAUUCUUGACAUUUCUGAAGGGACGCAUGAUGAAAACGCUUCUAUGGUUCUUGCUUUCCUUGGAAGUCUCGAUAUAUUGGUAUCAUACUAUGUGGAUUUGAAGAGCAACUAUAAAAAUAUUUAUUUUGAUAAAACGCAGCAAUUAGGUGGCCAUGAAAUAAAAUUAAUGGUCCCUAUCAUUGAAAAAAAUUUAUCUGUUGAGUACAAUCAGAAGAACAUUAUUGAGUACAUGGAAUAUAUUAAAAAGCACAAAGACAACAAUUUGAAUUAA